GUGGGUGUUCACCUGUUCGUGAUUAUGCUGUUUUCUGUUUAAAAGAAGGGUUUGGUGUAAUGGCGCAAUUACUGGUCACAGUCUGCUGAGGCAGGAAGGGUUUUUGGCAUUUUUAUUUUUUGCGAUACUCAAGCCCUUUCGAUACGUGCAGGAUGGAGGAACAGAAGGAGGUCCUUGACAGGCUGCAGAGGUCCUUUCGCUCGGGGGUCCCCCUCCCGGAGCAGUUUCGCCUGGCACAGCUGGAUGCGCUCCUGAAGCUCAUGACAGAGAACGAGGAUCAGAUCCUGGCCGCGCUGCACCAGGACCUCAACAAGCCGAAGUUUGAGGCUGUGCUGUCUGAUAUUGAAAUGGUGACAAAUGAGAUCUGCUUUGCCAUAAAUAACCUGCACACCUGGAUGCAGCCCGAAUACGUGUCAAAAAACCUGGCCACAAAGAUGGAUGAUUGUUUUAUUCGGAGAGAGCCCCUGGGUGUGGUUUUGAUCAUCGGGGCAUGGAAUUACCCUGUCCAAGUCACCUUGUCACCCCUGGUUGGGGCGAUAGCUGCUGGAAACUGUGCCCUUCUCAAGCCUUCCGAAAUCAGCCAGGCAACAGAGAAGCUCCUGGCCGAGCUCAUCCCAAAGUACCUGUCUCAGGAGUGCUACGCGGUGGUGUGCGGGGGAGCUGAAGAGACGAAGAAGCUGCUGGAGAAUCGAUUCGAUCACAUCUUCUACACGGGAUCUCAGCCCGUGGCUCGUAGCAUCCUGCAGGCAGCAGCGGUGCACCUGACCCCGGUCACCCUGGAGCUGGGGGGGAAGUGCCCCUGCCUCAUCUACGGAAACCUGGACAUCAAGGCUGCCGCCAAGAGGCUGGUCUGGGCCAAAUUCUUCAACGCGGGACAGAGCUGCGUGGCCCCCGACUACGUCCUCUGCACCCCACAGAUGCGGGACGACCUCAUCCCGGCCAUCCGGGACACCCUGAAGAGCUUCUACACUUCCGAGCCCCAGAAGUGUCCGGACAUGGCCCGCAUAGUCACGGACAGGCACUGGAACCGGCUGACCGAAAUGCUGCGCAAGUCGGCCGGGAAGGUGGUGAUGGGGGGGGAGAGCGACCAGCAGGACAGAUACAUCGCCCCUACGGUGCUGGUGGAUGUCCAGGAGAGCGAUGUGCUCAUGGACGAGGAGAUCUUCGGCCCCAUUAUGCCAAUACUCACCAUCGAGACCCUGGAAGAAGGGAUCGAUUUCGUGAACCGCAGAGAGAAGCCACUGGCCCUGUAUGUCUUUUCUGAUGAUUCAAAGGUGGUUACCACUGUUUUGGAGCAGACCAGCAGCGGCGGUUUCUGCUCAAAUGAUGGCAUAGUCCACAUGACGCUGCAGAGCCUGCCCUUCGGCGGAGUGGGGGCCAGCGGGAUGGGCAGCUACCACGGGCACUGGGGGUUCGAGACGUUCAGCCACAGGCGGGGUUGCAUGAUGCGGAGCUGGGUACUGGAGCCCAUCAACGUGCUCCGCUACCCCCCCUACCAGGAGAGCAGCCUGGGCUGGCUGCGCUGGGCCACCACCGUGAAGAAGAAAGGAUGGGGGUGUGCAGUCAUGUGAUUUCGCCCCCCCCCCCAUAUCCCAUCAGUCCCAGUCCCUACUGCUACGUUUAAUUUCCUUAUUUCUCUGGCUGAUGUGGUGUUAGGCCACGUGCUCUCGCUCACCACAGCCUGAAUUUCCCAGCUAAUCCUAAAGGGUUAAAUUGUGCUUACAUAUACAAGUUUGGGGUUUUUUUUCUUCUUUCCUUUGGGAAGUGGGACAUAAUGCAACUGCCAAAUGAUUUAACAAUUUCCUACUUCUUUGUGUGUGAGCAAUGGGUCGCCCAACCAACUCCAUAUUCUUUAUGCCCCUGAAUGCUUGGAUUGAAGACCUCUUCAGUCUGUCCAUUCAGUCUGUCUCCACUGAAGGGCUGGGCUUCACUGCUCUGCGCUCGCCUCUGAUUGGCCCUCGCAUAGGGUUGGCUGCACACUGAAGUGUUAGGGUGAAGGGUGGGUGAGGAAGAUAACUUGCCUGUAAUGUGAGGGGUUUACCAGUGAGGUUUUCUUUUUUGAUGUCUCUGUAGUGGAAGAUUGUUACGCUAGUUUAUCUUGUGUGCCACCAAGAAAAUAUUGAAACUGGUGUUUAUUCAUGAAGAAACAAGUGCUUUGAACUUUAAUAUUGUGUGUGAAAAUGCUGUGUGGUGCAGUGUUGGUGGUUGUAAUAUUGGCAAUGCCAGUAGUAGUUCACAAGUUUGAACUACAAAUCCCCCAGUCAAUAUGUCGGAGUGAAGUGGUAUGAGCAGCAGGUUUGUACAGAUCCAGUGAACAUCGCUUCAUGUGAUGUGUAUACACCUGACAACUCGUUGGGAGCCAGCUAACUCCAGUCGUGUUUUUGUGAUCUUUAUAUUUUGUCUGUUGUAAAUAAAAACUGAAUUUUAACUAAUAAAACACUAUUGAUCAAUA